AUGGGUGCUGUUCAAUUGACUGCCAAUCCGGUUUUUCACCAACGCACUAAGCAUAUUGAAGUCGAUAUUCAUUUCAUCCGGGAUCAUGUGCAACAUCAUCGCCUUACAAUUCAUCAUGUUCCAGCUACUGACCAACUUGCUGAUACCAUGACCAAGCCCCUUGCUCGCUCACCAUUUGAAUCCAUUCGUGUCAAGCUUAACGUCCUUCCUAGGCCGUUCAGCUUGAGGGGGGCUAUUGAAGAUAAUGCUCAAGGAAACAAUAUCGCUGGCAAAAUUGUUGUUGUUUCUGUUGACCAAAAGAUUAGGAAAGAAAAUCAGAGGUGUAACCAACAAUAUCUUCAAGAUAUUGAUGCCAAUCAAGAUCCUAGAAAUCAGGAAAUGAAUGACCCCUUCGGUCAUGAGUCGGUCAGUGAUUCACAUCAUCAGUUUCUUGCUUCCUUUCUAGGAAGCAAGGAGAAAGCCAAAGAUGCCGUCUUUUAUUCCUACACAAAUUACAUCAACGGCUUUGCUGCACGUCUCGACGAAUACGACGCUGCCGCCAUUGCAAAGGACCCUCGUGUUCUGUCGAUAUUUCCGAACAAUGGUCUCUUCCUCCACACGACUCGAUCAUGGGGAUUCAUGGGUCUGGAGAAAGGCGGCUCCCCUGUUGUGGGCUCCCUCUGGGAGAAGGGCAACUUCGGUGAAGACGUGAUCAUUGCAAAUCUUGACACAGGGGCCUGGCCAGAGUCCAAGAGUUUCAGAGAUGAAGGGUAUGGCCCUGUUCCUGCGAGGUGGAAGGGAGUGUGCCAAAAUGAAACUGAUGUAAACGGUGUUAAAUGUAACAGGAAGUUAAUCGGUGCACGCUACUACGAUAAAGGUUACAUCGAUGCAGUUCACCAUGCUGACACAGAGGGCUUCGUUUCUCCUCGUGACCACAACGGCCAUGGUUCCCACACCCUAUCAACAGCAGGCGGCAAUUUUGUACACAAUGUUAGCGUGUUUGGUUAUGGUCAUGGCACUGCCAAAGGCGGAUCACCGAGAGCCCGUGUUGCAAUCUACAAGGUCUGCUGGACACCAGUACUUGGCAAAAAUGGCAAAUGUUUUGGAGCAGAUGUACUGGCUGCAUUUGAUGCAGCAAUAAGUGACGGUGUCGACGUUAUUUCUGUAUCACUGGGAGGUGAUCCUGCUGGUUUGUUUGAAGAUGCAAUUGCUAUCGGCACAUUUCAUGCCAUUAGCAAGGGCAUUGUGGUGGUUGCAUCAGGUGGGAACAAUGGGCCAAAGGCUGGCACAGUGACUAACUUGGCUCCCUGGCUAAUCACUGUUGCAGCAAGCACAUUUGACAGAGACUUUAUUAGUUAUGCUGUUCUUGGUGAUGGCACUUCUUUCAAGGGGCAAAGUCUUUCUCCAGAUUCUCUUCAAAGGAAGGCUUAUCCAUUGGUCGCAGGGCAAGACCUCAAAAUUUCUAAUGCUACUGCUGCUACAUUUUGCAUUGAGGGUAGCCUUGAUCCAGUGAAAACAAAAGGAAAAAUUGUUUCUUGCCUUCGUGGAGCAAAUGCAAGAGUUGCCAAAGGAUAUGCAGUAUGGAAGGCAGGAGGUGUUGGAAUGAUUCUGUGCAACGACCCAAUCAGUGCAAAUGAUAUGAUCGCCGACGCUCACUUUCUUCCCGCAGUUCAUGUCACUGCAUCCGACGGGGAAAGAAUCUUCAAGUAUAUUAGAUCGACAAAGUCACCAGUCGCAUAUAUCACGCGCCCAAUCACUGAGCUAGGAACCAAACCAGCGCCAGUUAUGGCUGGUUUCUCGUCUCAGGGGCCUAACUCUGUUAUUCCAGGAAUUCUCAAGCCUGACAUUACGGCGCCAGGAGUGAAUGUCCUUGCUGCAUAUAGUGAAGCAACAUCACCCACAGGUGUUCCUUAUGACAAGCGCCGUGUGCCUUAUAAUCUUGAUUCUGGAACAUCAAUGGCAUGCCCCCAUGUCUCUGGCAUUGUGGGCUUACUCAAAAGAGCUCAUCCAGAUUGGAGUCCUGCAGCUAUCAAGUCUGCAAUUAUGACCACUGCGAUGCAAGUUGACAACAAGAAGGAAUCGAUGCUCAACGCCUCUCUGGAAAAGGCAACACCAUUUAGUUAUGGAGCAGGUCAUGUUCAUGCAAACAGGGUCACAGAUCCAGGCUUGGUUUACGACAUCGGCAUUAAGGAUUAUCUUAGAUUCUUGUGUGCCAUCGAUUAUAACAAAGAUUUUGCUGCUCACAUCACCAACAAGACAUACAACUGUCCCUCGGAGAAGCCCAAGGUUGGGGACUUGAAUUACCCUUCAAUUACUUUCAUCAACCUCACCGGGUCAGAUACCAUCUCACGAACAGUUAAGAAUGUGGGCGGCGCUCCGGCCACUUACACCGUUCGAGUCCGAUCACCUCCCGGAAUUUUCGUAUCUGUAGAGCCAAAAAGUUUGGAGUUCGGGGCAAUCGGCGAAGAAAGGAAGUUUCAGGUAGCUGCACAACUGAAGAGAGGAGCUAAAGAUGGAUAUGCAUUCGGUUUGUUAGUCUGGUCUGAUGGUGGUCGACACUAUGUCCGCAGCACCAUUCUGGUUAAGGUGGGGAUAAGCUGAGCAUGUCAGUAAUGGAUGCUGAAGAUCAAAUCAAUAGUAUCAAUUUUGAUUUAUAUACGUUUAUUGUAGUUAAAUAAUUGUUCGUGGACUAGUCACACUAGUGAUUUCUUAUGCGCAAUUUUUUUUUAU